AUGACUCUGCACGCCCUGCCAAAACGGGCGCCCAAGCCACUGCGGGCCCCCCUAAGAAGGUGUUUCGCAACUACCCCCCGCACCGCAAGCUAUGCGGAUACACUGCCAAACCUCAAGAUUGGCGCGCAUACCAAAGUCCUAUUCCAAGGAUUUACAGGCAAACAAGCCACUGCCAACGUCAAGGAGUCCCUUGAAUGGGGCACUAAGAUCGUUGGAGGUGUCAAGCCCGGUGUGGAAGGCGAACAUCUAGGCCUGCCCGUCUUCCCGUCCGUCAAAGCGGCCCAGGAACGCGCCAAGCCCGACGCAUCAGCAAUCUAUGUUCCGGGAAACCAGACAGCCAAGGCCAUUGAAGAGGCGAUCGAAGCGGAAAUCCCGCUUGUCGUUGCUGUAGCCGAGCAUGUGCCGAUCCACGAUAUCCUGCGUAUCCACUCCAUGCUUCAGACUCAGUCGAAGACGCGUCUGGUAGGGGCAAAUUGUCCAGGAAUUAUAUCCGCCAUCGGCAAGUGCCGAAUCGGCUUCCAGCCUUUGCCGUGCUUUGCGCCGGGGAAUGUGGGCAUUGUCGCCAAGUCAGGGACACUUAGCUACGAGACUGUUGCGUCGACGACCCGGGCUGGACUCGGUCAGAGUCUUUGUAUUAGUAUGGGCGGUGAUGUGUUGGCUGGUACCAACUUUGUCGAUGCGCUUAAUAUCUUUGAGAAUGACCCUGAUACGGAGGGUAUCAUUUUGGUUGGUGAGAUUGGGGGAACAGCGGAGAUGGAUGCGGCGGAGUGGAUCAAAGAUUAUCGGAGGAGGACGUUGGAUCCGAAACCGAUUAUGGCGCUCGUCGGGGGCUUGGAGGCACCCCCUGGUCGGAUUAUGGGACAUGCCGGUGCCUGGGCGGCGCCUGGGGAACCAGAUGCGCAAACCAAGUACCUCGCGCUUGAACGUGCUGGUGCGGUUAUGGUUAACCACCCCGAGAAGUUUGGCGAGAGGAUGAAGACAUUGUUCGCUAACCGGUCUAACAGGCCGGGUGCAAGUUCGUCCUUGGGGUCCAGCUCUCAAAAGCGAGGCUUUCACACCAUGAGACGAGUCACUCCAGUAUCCAGACUACCCGCUGUACAGAAGCGUAACUUGCAUAUCAAACAAUCCCAAGCAUUUGACAUGCUCAAGGAGAGAUCCAUUCCCGUCAAUGAGACAGGUUCCGACUCCGAUUUCUCUAUUUCUAUCACGGUCGACAGAACAGCUUUGUCGCCAUGCAUCAUCGCCUCGCCAAAUUCCGAGUUCGACGCAGCUCAGUCACAGAAGUUCCCAUUUCCCUAUUCUCAGACCGCGUUCGAGAAUAGCUCCAUUACCACUACUGUCGCCUCGCACUUGGGUCUCCCUGAAUCCGCCCACAAGAAGGUCGCGGGUUUCGUGCAAGCUCUAUGGGAAAUCUACAAGGAGAAAGAGGCAUUCACGCUGGAGACGCGGGUUGGCAUUUCCGCCAAUGGUGCCUUUGAAGUACACGGCGCACGAUUUGGAUUCGACGAUGCUGCGUUCCGUAGCUCGGGACGCCAGGAGGAUAUCCACAAAUUGCGGGAUAAGUCCGAAGAGGUACCUGAGGAGGUUGAAGCCGAGAAAGAUGGAAUUGUUUACGUCAAGUUGGAAGGCGAAGGAACUGUCGGCACACUCGUCAACGGCGCGGGACUUGCUAUGAACACAGUCGACGCACUUACGAUCCACGGCGGCCACUGCGCUAACUUCCUCGACACGGGUGGCAAGGCUACAUCCGAGACAGUCAAGUCGUCGUUCCGGGUUAUCUGCUCGGACACGCGUGUCAAGGCUAUCUUUGUGAAUAUCUUUGGUGGAUUGACGCGCUGUGAUAUGAUUGCCGAGGGCAUUAUCCUGGCUUUCAGAGAUUUGGACAUGAAGGUCCCGAUUGUUGUGCGGUUGCGUGGUACAAAUGAGGAGUUGGGACAGAAGAUGAUUGCAGAGAGUGGUCUUCCUCUGCAUGCUUUUGACGGGUUUGAGGAGGCCGCGAGGAAGGUUAUUGCGUUGGCUGAAGGUCAAUAG